CAUUGUGGUUAUUUUGCCACCUAUUGUCUGUACCUCUAACCAGGAGGAGUCAGUGAAGCCUACCCUUGGGCAUAAUGGACCAAUACCGCUGACUCUGGUGGUGACCAAACCUUAGUCUGAGUCCAUCUAUCAAGCAAAGACGCCUCGAUGCAUCCCUCAUUGCCUCAUCUCUAACCAUGCUGACUUGGAGCCAGCUCUGCGGACCUGAGUCUGUUUGCAUCUGGAGGUUUGGUGCAGAGAUGCUGUAAUUAAAGACAGGACGGGCAGAACAUCACACCUCAUGCUGAAAAGAGAGGAGAACAGCCCAAAACCCAGAUUUCAGCUUCAACCUGAGCUGCAGCUGCUGCCCUUUGGUUUGGCGGCAGCAGAACUGCAAUAGUGUGAUGCCUGCAGCACCAAACACCAGCAUCAUUAUCAGAAACCUCCCAGGACAAUGUGUCAGGCCACAGAUCCAGGUUUCACUUUGUUUACAACUAAACACUUUGACUUUUUCAAACUUUUUCAUGUUAAUUUUGCAGGAUUAUUUAUCCUGAUGAGUCUUUUCGAAGCCGAAUUAGUUUUAAUGUCUCGUUUUUGUUUGUUUGGUCAUUUAAACUUGCUUUAGAAAGAAAAAUGAGCUCCAGGAAACUAAACACUAUGGAUCUGCUAGUUAACCAUCAAUAUGACCGCUAAUAUGAUGUGUUGCAUCAAGAGUUAAAGCCCUAAGGUAACUGAGAACUUGAGGUGGAAAAAAGAUGCCUCUCUCACUCCUCCCUCCAUCAGAGGUUGGAGCAGCUGAGCUCCAAAGUUUUGCACCAACUUAUCAGAUCAGCAGCUGGAAGGAAAGCAGUGGCUCCUAAUUUAUUUUAACAAUGAAGCUCUCUUUUGCACGACUGGCGCUCUCUUUUGCGCAUGUUUGUUUCCUCUGCUGUUUUCUGGAUGCAGUUUGCGCUCAGGAGGCUGCUGAGUCUGAUGCGCCCCGGAGGAGAUUGACAUGGCAACACAACGGCCAGGUCUUCAGCAUCCUGAGCCGCGGCGCUAUGUACAGACCCAGCGUGAGGACGCAGACCGGCUCCCCCCGCCGCAGUAACCCGGUACUGGUCCUGAGCAGUUCUAAUGACACGGCCGCAGACACUGCAUCCCGGCGGGCCCCGCGGGUCCCCGCAGCCAGCAGCUCUGCGCAGCUCCGCGCCAUGGCGCGGCAGCAGGCGCGCCCUGCGCAGCCUCAGGCCGCAGGAGAAGCUGAUUCUGCCCCGGUCACCAGAGAGGACAUGAUGGUCGGAGAUGACCCCUACAACCCCUACAAGCGACACGGCUACGACCCUUACUACAACUACUUUGACACGUACUACAGACCCAGACCCCGGGCUCAGGCCCGGCCGGGAUACGGAACACAGUACCACCAGAACGGUCUUCCGGAUCUGGUUCCUGAUCCAUAUUACAUCCAGAUUGCCUCGUACGUCCAGAGGUCACCCAUGUACAACCUGCGCUGUGCUGCUGAGGAGAACUGCCUCGCCUCCUCUGCUCGCUACGCUCAGGAUUAUGAAACCAGAGUUUUGUUGAGGUUCACUCAGAGGGUGAAGAAUCAGGGAACAGCCGACUUCCUGCCAAGUAGACCCCGAUAUGCCUGGGAGUGGCACAGCUGUCACAAUCACUUUCACAGCAUGGACGAGUUCAGCCUGUAUGAGUUGCUGGACGCUCAGACUCAGAGCCACGUAGCAGAGGGUCACAAGGCCAGCUUCUGUUUGGAAGACACUUCCUGCGACCCUGGAUACUACCGCCGCUACGCCUGCACAUCACACACUCAAGGUUUGAGUCCCGGAUGUUACGACACCUACAACGCUGACAUCGACUGUCAGUGGAUCGACAUCACCGACGUCUCGCCUGGAAAAUACAUCCUCAAGGUGACAGUUAAUCCCAGGCAGCAGGUUCCAGAGUCCAACUUCAACAACAACGUUGCUCAAUGUGAUGUGCAGUACACAGGCAACGCCGCUCACAUCUCUGGAUGCACCCUGACAGGGUACUGAGACGAGUCCUUAAAAUGAGCCUGAAGACGAAGUCAGAGGUCGAACUUGUUUAUAUGUGACCCAAAUAAUUCAGUUCUAACCAAAACCACCUGAAGCAGGAAGGUGACACGACAGAAAACCAGUUUAUGCUGGACACUGUUCUGGUUCUUCACAUGAGUACUGUAUUACCUCACAGCUGCAGUUACUGCUUUCCUGCUUCUUCUUCCUUUACAGAUUUUUUAUCCCUGGCAUUUACUGAUUGAAAUUCAUUUUUUAGCUCAACUGUAGAAGAUAAACAUUUUAAUUAGGAAUAAUGCAAAGCUUUAAAACUAUAUUCUAAUUGUGAUCUCUGUUAGAAUCCCAGGGAAAUAUGAGCAUUAUGUCACAGUUCAGAGAUAUUUUCUGCAAAUGUUUCUUCUUCUGGUUAUUUCUGUAAAACAUAAAAACAAAACAAAAACCUUCCUUUAUAUCACAAGGUCAGUUGCUCCUUUCUGCAUGAUUUCUCUUACUUUUUGAUUAAACUUGUAAAGAUACA